AUGGAUGAAGAUCUCCUCGCCUUCGGGGCCGUCAUGGUCUUCUUCCUCUCCAUGCCGCUGAUCGCCGUCCUCAGCGUAACAAGCUGCAUCGCCUACUCGCGCACCAAAGCCUGGGACAAGACGCGCAACCAGCAAGCCGUCGCGCUCGAAUCCGAGCCCCUCGUCGACGACGAUGACGACUCGGCGUACGAUACGGAAGACGAGGAGGAGCAGACCAAGCGCAAGGCAGAGGACGAGGCGGACAGGUUCUUGACGUUCGGCCAGAUGUACCGCAAGAACUUCCGCAAGGUGUGGUCGGGCAAGAACCGCGUCGAUAUUGUCAAGGAGCGCGAGAGGGAGGAGAGGAAGAAGCUGGCUAAGGCUGUGGCGAGGGAGAUGGAUCGCAGGGAGAGGAGGAGGGCCAGGAAGGCGGAGCAGGCGCAGGUCGAGAGUCUGCCACCUUACAAGAACUAG